AUGUCGGCCCCCUCGCAGAUCAGCAUCUUCCCGGCCACUUCGGCAAGCGCCACUCGCCUCGCCGAGCUCUUGCAGCAGCAGCACCCUGACAUCCGUCUCCGUCUUGCUGCUCGCUCCCCCGACAAGCUUCAAGCCAGUGGUGCCAAUGUCAUCGUUUCUCAGACUCCUCUGGAUAUCGCCAACGUCGCCUCGAUCAAGGACGCCCUCGAAGGUAGCCAGGCGGCUUACAUCUUGAAUCCUCCCUUUUAUGGCGAGAAGGACCCUUUCGCUCUCUCCCAGAUUUGGGUAGACUCGAUUACUGCAGCUGCUAAUGCCAGCUCUACGCUUAGCAAGAUCGUCUACCUUUCCUCGGUAGGAGCUGAAAAGACCAGCGGUACCGGUCCCAUCCGCAACACACAUAUCGCAGAGCAAGGCUUCCUUGCCAAGCUUCGAGAUGGGAUCGAGCUCUAUGCGCUUCGUCCUCCUUACUUCCUUUCGAACCUCAAGACCGUCCUUCCUCUUGCGGUCAACCCGCCUCACAUUCUUCCAUCCAUGCUGAUUCCGUUUGACAAGGCGUACCAGUUUAUCGAUGCCCACACCAUCGCUGCCACCGCGCUCAAGUAUCUUCUCGCCUCUCACUCUUCCUCUCAGGAGAUCGUAAACAAGGGCCACAUUGCAGCCGUGCAGAUCGUCACACCCAGGAAGACCAUCCCUGAGAUCGCUCAGUACGUCUCCGAGAUCACCGGUACCCAGGUCAACCCAGUUCCCGUUCCACAGGAAGAGUGGUUCAACACGUUCAAAAAGGCGGGCAUGUUCGACGAACAGGCCAACCUCUUCGUCGAAAUGUCCACCGGUCAGUUUACUGGCUAUAUCGACACGAUCCGUGACGAGGCUGCUAUCGCGCAGGAAAAGGAGCGUGGAGUUGUGCUCAUCACCGAACACGCCGACGUCGACUACAAGGCUGCUCUCAAGCUUAUCAUUGACAGCCUCGCCCAAAGCGCUAAUUGA